AUGUCACUACGCCUUACUGUACUGUGGCUCCUGCAAUAUUGCUGUGUCAACGAAGCAGAGCAUCCAACAAGCUGUCGUCAUGCUAUUGUCAGGAAAGAAUGGCGAACUUUGAAAAGGACAGAACAACUGCAGUACAUCACUGCGGUACAAUGCCUCCUCGAAAAGCCGGCUGUCACGCCCACCCCUGCUGCGCCAGGUGCGCUUUCACGGUAUGACGAUCUUGUUGCGACGCACAUCAAUCAGACAUUGUCCAUACACCUAGAUGGGCAAUUCCUCCCAUGGCAUCGUCUCUUCACCGCGUACUACGAGAAGAUAUUGCGUGAUGAGUGUGGCUAUCGAGGCGCGCAGCCAUACUGGGACUGGACGUUGGACACUCCGGCUUGGAAGUUCGUGCAGUCGCCUGUAUUCGAUGCAACAUACGGCUUCGGUGGCAACGGUCCCUUUAUUCCACCCCCCGAUGCCUCAAACAACACGGUGCCGGGGCGGACUGGGGGUGGCUGCGUAGAGGACGGACCUUUCAUGAACAUUACAGUCCAUCUAGGCCCACUCGACUCGCUGGCAAGGAACGACCAGUGCCUUAGGCGAGAUCUGGCGCCUGAAUAUGCUGCCACCAUUUUGGCAAAAAGCGAAUUGGACAAAGUCAUGGCGCAGGCGGAUUAUGGAUGGUUCGCGCGCACGAUGGAGGGCGGUACAACCUGGGAUGAAAGUCAGAUUCAUACCGGAGGGCACAUCAGUGUUGGUGGCGCCUAUGGCCAGAUGAGCGAUGGGUGGGCGUCACCAUCCGAUCCCAUCUUCUGGCUCCAUCAUGCGAAUCUGGACCGCGUUUGGUGGUCAUGGCAGACGAAAGACCUAGAAACAAGACUACGCGACAUGUCUGGGCCGGUAAUGCUUCGAGAUUGGGAUAACACGCAGGGCGGCAAUGUGACGCUGGACUUUCCGCUUUCGCUUGGGUACAAUGGCUGGGAUGCGAAGAUUAGCGACGUGAUGGACAUCAGGGAUCUUUGCUAUUCGUAUGAUGAGCUCUACUGA